AAACAGCCUCUCUCCCUAGCCGUUUCAUUUGUGAUUUGUGUAAUCUCCCCAAAAAAAUGUGCAGACUUUAGCUAUCGGACCCGUGCUUGGAUCUGCAGAUUCACAGUUUCACUCUGUCUUUAAGUCUUAGCAAAAGGUUCCACCGUUCCAAUCGUCGCUUCGAAUAGAAAAUUAGAAAACCCUAGUUCUUUUUUUUUUUUUUGCAGGCAAGAACCCUAAAUCUUUGUUUCUCGUUCCCUUUGGCCUUUGCUCUUAAAAUAUCCGGAGAUUCAAGAGCCCUUGAAACCCUAGCGUAGCUCCUCAAAAAUGGCGACAAACGGGCCGAACUUAGAGUGCCGGAUGUACGAGGCGAAGUACCCGGAAGUUGACAUGGCGGUGAUGAUUCAAGUGAAGAAUAUCGCCGACAUGGGAGCUUAUGUUUCUCUUCUUGAGUACAAUAACAUAGAGGGUAUGAUUUUGUUUUCGGAGCUCUCUCGUCGUCGGAUUCGCAGUGUGAGCAGUUUGAUUAAGGUCGGGCGACAAGAGCCGGUGAUGGUUCUUAGGGUUGAUAAGGAGAAAGGUUAUAUCGAUCUCAGCAAGAGAAGGGUCUCUGAGGAAGACAUUCAGGCCUGCGAGGAGAGGUAUAACAAGAGCAAACUUGUUCAUUCCAUCAUGCGCCAUGUUGCAGAAACGAUGCAACUUGAUUUAGAGGAUUUGUAUAUCCAUGUUGGUUGGCCUCUGUACCGCAAAUAUGGGCAUGCUUUUGAGGCAUUCAAGAUAAUUGUUACUGAUCCUGAUUCUGUUCUAAAUUCACUUACUCGUGAAAUUAAAGAAGUUGGUCCUGAUGGCCAAGAGGUGACCAAGGUAGUGCCUGCUAUGUCAGAUGAGGUUAAAGAUGCUCUGAUAAAAAACAUUAGGAGGCGAAUGACCCCUCAGCCAUUGAAGAUUCGAGCAGACAUUGAAAUGAAAUGUUUCCAGUUUGAUGGGGUUCUCCACAUUAAGGAAGCUAUGAGGAAAGCUGAAGCUGCUGGUAAUACUGAUUGCCCAGUGAAGAUUAAACUGGUUGCUCCUCCACUCUAUGUUCUAACAACUCAAACUCUUGACAAGGAACAAGGAAUAUCAAUUCUCAAUAAUGCAAUCAAAGCUUGCACUGAUGAAAUAGACCGCCACAAGGGGAAACUUGCAGUGAAGGAAGCACCUAGAGCUGUGAGCGAGCGGGAUGAUAAACUACUUGCUGAGCACAUGGCUAAACUACGACAUGACAAUGAGGAGGUUAGUGGUGACGAAGACAGUGAAGAAGAGGAAGAUACAGGGAUGGGUGAAAUUGAUGUGGAAAAUGCGGCUUCUGGGAUAACUGAGUAAAAGCACAGCAAAUUAGAUCGGGAUUGGAACAUUCUUUUUCUAUUGUCAUGCUUGAGAGUAGUUGUAUAGAACCAGUUUCCAUGUUUUGUGUCAUUAAGCCCUUUCCCAAUCUAGCUAUUUAUUUAACAGGUUUUUUCUAGUUGGGAAUGGCCAUGUUCCCCUGAGUUAAUUUGGAGGAUACUUAUUUGAAAAAUACAUCAUCGAAACAGUUUUGCAACUACUAUGGUGUUUGACAACAGAAAUUUGAAAUGGGUUACCAUGGCUAUGGUGGAAUCAUUUUAUAUCA